GGAAGCGCUGUCCAAUCACCUCACAGCAGUUUCAUUCAUAUUACUGAGCGAUAUAAACUUGACGGGAGGAGAGAUAGAAUCAAUCUGACAGUGAGCCAUCAAUCAACAACCCAACAUCAUCACAGAGUGUAAGUGUUUGUGUUUUUGAUUUCGAUUGAACAGAAUGAAAGUCGAAUGGAGAUUUUGCCUGGCUUAGAAACUUCUAUUCCGUUUUAUACAGAGGCAGAGAAUAUGUCUUUAUACACUUGAACAACUUAUAUUUCCACCUUUAGGUAAAAGUGAACGAUCCAGCAAAGAAUUCCUUUACCAAGAUGUCAAACUCUGGAGGUCGCAGACUGAAACAGUGGCUGAUGGAGCAGAUCGACAGCGCGCAGUACUCCGGGCUGCAGUGGGAGGAUGAAAGCCGGACUCUGUUCCGAAUUCCAUGGAAACACGCCGGGAAACAGGAUUACAACCAGGAAAUAGAUGCAUCAAUUUUCAAGGUUUGACUGCGCUCUUGUGUUUCCCCAUGGAUAUGGAUAGAAUAGGAGCUUUGGCUGUGCGUAAAACCAAAAGAUCGUGAUUUAAAACUCGAUGGACAUGUUUAGUUCUUCUUCAUGUACGUUUCCUUUAAGACAUUCAAAGAGCAGUCUCUAUGUGUUACUAAAACAGUCCUUCCAUAAAGACUGAGUUGUUUAACACAGAAAUAAUAGCUUAAAUUUUUUCAAAAAAGAUGUUGACUAUAAUUUUAAUUUUGAUCAGACUUUCUUUCUUUAUUCACACCUCAUCUUUCAUGUGUCUUCCCCCUCUCACAGGCCUGGGCUGUGUUUAAAGGCAAGUUUAAAGAAGGGGACAAGGCUGAGCCUGCCACAUGGAAGACCCGGCUCCGCUGUGCUCUGAAUAAGAGCCCUGACUUUGAGGAGGUGACAGAGAGGUCACAGCUUGACAUCUCUGAGCCUUACAAAGUGUACCGCAUUGUACCUGAGGAAGAGCAGAAGCGUGAGUUUAUGUCACAGAUGCUUUGUUUUUAUUUCAGGAAAAAAAAAAUCUGCAUUGAUGACCUUUGACUGACAUUUUACCUGAUUUGAAAAACAGAGUUGGAAUUUCCAAUGUGUCAAAUGUUGCAGCUACAAAUCCUACAUCAUAUACAAUCAUUUUCAAUCAUAAAAACACAACAUUACUUUAUUUGUACCUUAAAUAAAUUUAUGUUUCCUUCUUAUGCUCUUAGUUGGAAAAAGCUCAAUAAUGGCUAUGGCCGCCUCCAGCUCUGGUGAAAUGACUGACAUGGACUGCAGCCCUGCAGCAAUCGAAGAGCUCAUAAAAGAGGUGAGACCCCAGCUCACAACAUGUCUUUCUUACUUUCUAAAUUACUCACCCUCUUCGUGUCUGUUCACUUCAUUGCCAUUCCACUUUUUUGUACAAUCUUUUUUGACACUUGCCAUACUGAGCAUGCACACACUGAACCCACUCAAUCCUGAGGUUCCCAAAGCUUCUCUGUUGAUAAACAGAGUUUAUGAUUGCUGUGUGUUUGCAGGAGGAUGGCUGCAGUAUUCCGCCCAGUCCAGAGUAUUGGCCCCAGGGCAGCUUCACUGGUAAGAUGAUCUUUUCUUAAGCUGUUUCGACACAAUAGCUGUUAUCUAACCCCUGGUCAUUGUGGUUAUCAGCUUGUAUCUCUGCCUCACAUAAUCAACAGAGGCUGUUCCGUCUUUGUGAGAUAUGAGCUUUAAUAAGUUUGAAAAAGUAACCACAGUGGAAAGCUCAAUGACAUGUUCCUGCUUUGGUGGGUGCUAUAUAGAGGUUACUGGCCUGUCUGUUGAAUUCUGCAAUGGAAGAAUUGACUAACAUCCUGUUGAACUUUGCUGACUAAGCUGAUUAUUUCUUUGUGUGAUCGUGCUGGAGAAAUGCCUUUUUUUUCUGACGAUGCAGCAGAUUAUUGACAUGACAUGGUCAUGUUAAAAAAAGGUUUUGUCUCUUCUUUUUCUGUGAUUUACAGCUUUUCCACAGCAUCAGGACCCUUUGCCCUCAGGCGCCGUCGGCUCAGGUAUUCAUCUCAUUGUUUUUCUUAAGUUCUACGCAAGUUUUAACAGCACUAGCUUUACUUGUGUCUUUGAGUUACAAAGCUCACCGAGUGUUUUCUUCUCUCCAGCUUUCUCCCAAAUGAUGAUCAGUUUCUACUAUGGAGGGAAGCUGAUGCACACACAAAUGGUUACACACCCAGAAGGCUGUAGGAUCUCCCCACAGCAGCACCUCGGUCGGGGCGGCCUUUACAGUUCAGACACCAUGCAGAGUGUUCACUUCCCCCCAGCUGAGUUCAUCGAGUACGACCGCCAGCGCCACGUCACACGCAAGCUCCUGGGCCACCUGGAGAGAGGCGUGCUGGUCCGGGCAAACCAAGAGGGCAUCUUCAUCAAGAGGUUGUGCCAGAGCAGAGUCUUCUGGAGCGGACUGGGAGAGGUGGGCUCACAAUACGGCCCCGUGCCCUGCAAACUGGAGAGGGAUGCUGUCGUCAAGAUUUUUGACACAGGAAGGUUUCUGCAAGGUGAGCAUUCCUGCUCAAUCAAAACUCAGAUUUGCAAGAGUCAGUGUAAAAGACAUUUGGGUUUAAAGGUUAACUCCAAACAUGAUCAUAAUGAAAGAUCUAUAAAUAAUACAAUAGUGUUGUCUGUUGUCAGGAUAUAGCGGCUCACAACUUUGUAUUUUACAGCUUUACAGCUCUACCAAGAGGGUCAGUUUCCUCCUCCAGACCCAACUGUGAUUCUGUGUUUUGGAGAGGAGCUCCAUGAUCUCAACAAUGCAAAGAGCAAACUCAUUAUUGUGCAGGUAGGAAACAUCAAGUCAAAGCAAGAUUCAUGUUGAAAAGGAUGAUGUAGAGGAAUACAGGCGAAAACUGUUGUAUUCGAGGUGUGAUGUACAGAACCUAAAGAUUGAGAAAACAAAAUAAAAUAAAGAAACAAAGGUAUUUCCCGAAAAGAGGUUAAAAGCCUGUGUGCUGAUGUUUUUUCAAGGUGAAAUGUUUAAACCUUGGAAGAAUCAUGUUGAAAAAUGACAUCCAGCAGAAAAGCAAUCCUCAUUAAUCAGGGUGUUAUUUUAGAGCCUUCAUUAGAAAAUGCUAAAUACUGACAUCUUUCUGUCUUCUCUCCGUUCAUUGCAGAUCACUGUAGUGCACUGCCAGCACCUGUUGGAUACAAUGAGGCGUCCUCAGCCUUUCUGCAGCAACUCAAACGUGGAAAUCCACGAUAGUGCAGCCACUGACCAGAUGGCCCGUAUCUACCAGGACUUGUGCAGCUACAGCAGCCCCCAGAGACAAACCUGCUACAGGGAGAACAUGCCCAUCACUGCCUGAACUGUGAGCUGAAACAGCCUGCCAUGAGUGCUUCAAACUGAAUGUACGACACAUUAGGGGCAUUUAUUUUAUUUUACAGUCAGACAAAUACGGUUAAUCACAGGGAAGAUAGAAAGUGCUUUAAGCUGCAUUUGAAUAGGUGAUUUUUUGACCUAAACAAAGAGAUAAGGAUGCUUAAAUUAAAUAAUAGACUUCGGGGGUGAUGUUGUAUUUACACAAAAGUUCUCCUGUCAGCUAUGCAGCAUAUAAUAGGUAAUAAGCAAUAGGGAAUAUAUACGAACAGAUCAACAAUCGACAUGACUAGUUCCUUUUCUUUACUGGGACUUGACUUUCACAGAGCUACGGAAACAUUUUGCUGCACUAUUUUUACGUUUUGUAAGUCUCCCUAUUUUUGCAGACCAGCUACUUUGUAUUUUGUACAUUUAUCUGUUUGUUUUCAUUUAUCAUCUAUCUGUGAGAGAUGAGUCUUAGUCACUGCCAGGUAUGAUUCUGAGGUACAAGCUGAAUCGAUCAAGAAAACUAUCUGCUGUAAUGUUAAAAAAAAAAACUGUAUUCAGAAAGUCUGAGGAGGAGUGAUACACAAAGUGCUGAUGUACUCAAUAACAGCACUAAUGGGACGCCUCUGGUCCACUCAGAUCACUCAGUAACUGUUGUAUUAUAGUGUUAAGAUGUCUACCAAAAGCUGAUAGAAACUCUUUUUUUAAAAGCAGUGAUGUAUUUGUUGAGUGUAUUUUUUUAUCCAGAAAAUGAUGCAAAGAGCAGAUUUGUUCAGAUUAUUUUCUCAAAAACUCUCUUGGGCGGUCUUCAAAGUCUUCGUUUUGAUUGUCACAUAUUUUUUCAGAAAAGAAACGUAGUUCUCAUUGUUGAAUUUUUAUUCUGACAUGAAUUAUUUUCUUGUUUUAGUGAACUUUUAGAAAAGCACACCAAAUUUUUGUUUCUGUAAAAAAUAUUUUUCUACUUUUCUUUUCUUUUCUUUCUUUUUUUUUUACAGAGAAAAAAAAUGAGCUGUUUAAAGUUGCAUGGAAUUCCAGAUGCAUUGUGGGUUAUAUAGAUAGGUUUUACUAUCAGGCUGUGUGUUUGACCUUUAUUUCAUUAUUUUCUGUAAACUACAUUUCUAGUAAAAUAUUUUUUUUCACUCAGCUUUGCUUGUUUUAUAUCAACAUCUUGUUUUCGCAUUUUGAUAUAGUUGUGCAAUUACUACAAAAGUGUCCAAAACAAAACUUUAAUGGCACUCGCUGAGUGAAGUUUGCUGGGCACAGAAUGAUGAUGUUAAAUCAUAGAUAAGGAUAAUAUGGAUCAUAACAUACAUUUUUAACUUGCAAGCCAGAAAUACUAUUUAUGAUGAACUACUUUUAACAAGUUUCCAAAAGCUUUUAGUACAUCUUUGUAUAUUUGACUGUCUAGGCAGCCGUUCAACCGUUCUAUCUGUGUUCAGUAUUUAAAUCAAUGUGCAGAUCUACAUGAGUGCAUGACUACACAAGGAGACUACACAGUAAAACUAAGACCGGCCUUUGUGGUGCAUCGCCCACCUGAUGUGAGUCUCUGAAAAGCACCAAAAAUGACACAAUUAUAGAUACAAAUCACUGCUGCAUGACCAAAUUUAUAAUAAAGUGAUCCUGCUCAGGCUAUACAAAACUG